AUGAUAAAAGAUUUUGGGCAGAUUUUAUAUAUUAUUUUCCUCUUUCCAAUUCUACAACACUCUUUUUAUAUUCAAAAUAUUUGGCGCCAAAUUCUCUUUUCAUCCUCUAAUUCUGUAUUGAUUGAUUUAAAUAUUGAUGUUGUUUUAUAAUUUUAUUAGAAUAAUAACUAUUUUAAAAACAAAUAGUGUAUUUUAUAAAAGUAGAAUUUUUAAUUAAUAUANUCAUUAUAAGAUGUGUUUAUCGGUUCUUUAAAUUUUGCAAGCAGAUCUUCACAUGAUGGUUCACCACUUGGAUACAAAGAUGAUUUAGAAAGUUUAAUAUAUGUAUUAUAUUACUUAAAAGAUUGUAAUUAAUUUAUUUUAUAAUUAAGUGAGAUUGCCUUGGUCUGAAAUUUAGUUGUGGGGAUUAAAAGAUGAGGACACAGAGUUUAUUAAAAAAUCCAAAUUUUCUUUUGUUAAAACAAUUAUUUAUGAAUACAAAUCUCCUUUAAAUUUUUCUCGAUUAAUGUCUUACAUUGACUCAUUAAAAUAUGAUAUCAUGCCAAACUAUGUUUAUAUCAAAGAUUUAUUUAUGUAAAUGAUUACAGCAUCUAAUGGUUUAUUUUCUUUGAAUUAAUUAAAAUAAUAGCUAUCAUAUAGUAUUCCAACUUAGAGUUAAUUUGGAGACUCAGAAAUAUUAAGAUUAUCAAAAUAUGAUAUAUUUGAUGAUAUCGUUACUGAUGAUAAUAGCGAAGAAAAUAUUAAUCUAAUCCCUAAUUUAAUUCUCAAAUAUUAGACAAAAUAAAUUAAAUCAAUAAAAAACAUCCAAAAAUGA